CUCCCGGCCAAGCCGCCAUUCACUCCCAUUCGUCGUUCCCCCGACGACCGCUGAUCGAACACACCCUGGCGCCAUGUCUCCUUCGCCUCGACUGGCGCCCGCUCGGUGUCGGGACGGAGACGCGGUUCGACUUGGGAUCGCGCGCCGGUGCUUAUAAGAUGUCGGGCAGUUUCCUCGUGGAGCCUCCUCACGUCCCCUUCUUCCUAUUAUCACGUAAUUUAUCACCUUGACCCUUGACUUGACGUGACGAUGCGUGGACUCGCCAGCUUGCCACUCCUGUCUCUCUUUGGCCUCACGGUCGCGCAAGACCUUGGGGUGCCGCUGAACUGGAGGAAAUUCUCCAACGACCGCCCCGACUCCGAGAUCAUCUCCAUCUCCGAGGCCGCCAUCGACGCCAUCCUGCCCAAGCUGAAGGCUGACAUCGGCGAGUUCGAUGGCAUCGGUUACUGGCAGUCGGGCAACGUCUGGGCUUCCAUGGCGAAUGAGGACUACCGCGCCGGCACGAGCAAGUACCGUGACCAGGUCGUCAGCCAGCUGAAGAACGUCUUCAACCUGCGCGCAAACUAUGAUCAGUGGGGUUUCAACGACGACGCCACCUGGUGGGCGACCGCCGCCUACUACGCUUACCGCGCGUACGGUGAUCAGGAGCUCCUCAACAAUGCCAUCACGACAUGGAAUCAUCUGAGCACCUUCGUUGUCACCAACGACGCGGCUAACUCGGGCAGCCUCCCGACGAAGAACUUCGGCUUCCAGGGGAGCUGUGACGGCAAGACCAUGGCUGGUGGUGUCUUCUGGAAAACCGACCCCGCAGACAACGCAAUCAACAGCAUCACGACCACCCUUUACAUGACCCUCUCCGCCUACCUCGGCGAGGCCACCGGCGACUCCAAGUACAUCUCCGCCGCCAUGCUCAGCGCGAACUGGGUCCGGGACCUCAAUAUGAAGGACAACCUCGUCCUGGACACGAUCCACGCGAACGACUGCUCGAGGUCGCCGGAUAACUGGCUCUUCACCUACAAUUCCGGCAAAUUCCUCGAGGGCCUCGAGAUCCUCGUAGACCUCACUGAUGAUGAGGGCUACCGCUCGCUCGCCGCCAAUGUCGCCAACUCGGCCAUGAAGACCAGCGCGUGGAACCGCGACGACGGCGUCAUCACCGAGGGCGCGUCCCCGAACGAGAACAACGACAGCGUCGGCUUCAAGUCCAUCCUCAUCCGCGCGCUCGACGAGACGUACAACCGCCGGAAGGGCGACAACGAGGCGCUCCGCAUCCUCAUUCACUCGUAUGUUUGCGUGCAGAUGAACGCCCUCCUCGACCUCGCCGCCGAUGGCAACAACUACUCGAGCGCGUGGGCCGGCCCGGCCCAGGGCUUCACGACGUGGGGUCAGAUGGCCGCGCUCAACGUGUUCGUCGCGGCGAUUAACGCUGCGUGAGGUGUUGGAAGAGGCUCUCGAGUCUUACCGACGCUCCUGGUCGUAUGGCAUCUUCGAAAACAUGCACGAAUAGCAGCAGUGGAAGUCGAACGGGAAUUGGGCUGUAACUUAUUUAACGGUAAAUACUAUUGUCGGGUAAUGGCAUCGACUUUUAAGGACGCGUACC